AUGGAUACUUGUUUAGGCGGAAUGCGGCCGGGGCCGGUGCCGGGGCCGGUGCCGGUGGACGACAUCAAGCGAGACCUUCUGGGCGAAUUUUCCGCUCUGUCGAAAGAGGAUGAAGUUACGAGCCAGUCAGAGAACCUACAGGUCUACCUGAGGGUUCGACCUUUCACGGGAGCGGAGGGCGAGUCGCAGGAAUGCUGCUUGGCCAUCGAGGGGCCGAACACGGUGGUCCUCAAGGCUCCCGGCAACAAGAGCCUUCCGCAAACGGCGCAGAGGUUCACCUUCACCCAGGUCUUCGGUCCGGACGCCGGCCAGAGGCGAGUGUUCGAGGGAUCGGUCCGCGCUUUGGUGCGAGACGUGCUGCACGGACAAAACGCUUUGGUCUUUACCUACGGAGUCACCAACGCCGGGAAGACCUUCACCUUGCUCGGACCGGAGCACGACGGCGGGCUGCUGCCGCGCUGUCUGCGGCUCAUCUUCGACAGCGCGGAAGGUCGCCUGUACGCCGGCGGCGACCUGAAACCUCACCGCUGUCGAGAUUUCAGCCGACUGACUCCGGAGCGGCAGAAAGCCGAGAGCGCCCUGAAAAAGAGUCUGCUGGGAACCGUGCAAGAGAAUGACAAAAGCGGGACAUCCGCCCGAUGGACUUCGCUUGACGCCUCUUCCCUGAGCUCCGAUGGCGGCGCGGGGAGCGACCGCUUCUUUCCGGACGUCCCCGCAGACGUUCGCUUCUCCGUCUGGGUCUCCUACUGCGAAAUUUACAACGACAACAUUCACGACCUGUUGGAGCAGGUCCCCUGCGGAAACGGCAAGAGGACGGCACUUCGUCUGUCUCAGGACGUCAAAGGGAACCCCUUCAUCAAGGAUGUGAGCCUCGUUUUUCAACAAUCACGCAGCCUUUGCGUUUUCUGGUCCGCUUCCUCGACCCGCACGAGUCCCCGUUCCUCGCCGUCUCCUUUCUGCCCUCCUCGACUCCGCUCCCCUUCCUGCCACUCCGAGGCCUUGUUCUUCCUCUCUUUUGAGGUCACAUCCUUGGAGAAGUUCGCACCGAAACAGUUGAAGAGGGACCGGCAGAAAGUCCGGCAGGUGCUCUUGUGCUUCCCGCACAUCAGGGAGUCCUGCCGCGACAUUCUGAAGGACGCCGCGGGGAGAGACUGCCGCUCGAGGACCGCCCGUCUCCGCGACGAAAACCGCCGCGACGAGCCCGACGCUCCGCAACUUGAUCGAAGAGCGCGUCGGCACCUUCUGGGUCACCUUACUACUAGCCGACAGCCUAACCCAGUGGCCGCGUUUCUUUGCGUAGAUGUGAAGUGGAUCCAAGUGAGCGGCUCCGAGGAGGCCUUCAAAAUCGUCAAGAUCGGCAGGAAGAACCAAAGUUUGGCUUCCACCAGACUCAACCGGCAGUCCAGCAGGAGCCACAGCAUCUUCUCCGUCAGGAUCCUGCGCGUGGACUCUUCGGCCGCGGAGGGCCGAUUCCUGGGCGUCGGCGAGCUGGCCUUGUGCGACCUGGCCGGCUCGGAGCGCUGCUCGCGUACUCGCAAUACGGGCGAACGGCUGAAGGAGGCGGGAAACAUCAACGGCUCGCUGCUGGCGCUGGGCAAAUGCAUCGGCGCCAUGCGGCUCAAGCGGAACGCCGGCCGGCGCGACAACAGGUUCCCGCAUCACGUCCCCUUCCGGGAGUCCAAGCUGACCCACUUCCUGCAGCAGUUCCUCAGCGGCGGCGCCGGCAAGGUGUCCAUGGUGGUCAACGUCAACCAGGACGCCUCGUGCGCCGACGAGACGCUCAACGUCCUCAAGUUCUCCGCCCUGGCCCAGAAGGUGACGGUGUCGUACCCGAAGCCGGCCGGCCCGGACCGCGCCGCCGUCAGGUCGGCCGCCGAAGUGUCCGUCCUCAUCGACGAAGCCGACCGGCGCGGGGCCGCCUCGGCGCGGGGACGAAAAACGUCCUCGGCGUCCUGGGAGACCAGCCUGGAGGAUCUGGCGGAGAACGACGAAGAGGAGACGGAGGCCACGGUGCUCGGAGCGGACGAGGAUGACGACGUACUCUUUCCCGCCGCCGAGCGGCCGACUGACCGGGCGGCGGCGCGUCUGGUACUGGAAGCUCAGAUCAGAGAGGAGGUGUGCGCCCAGUUCACCGAGAUUUUCCACAAGAUGGAGAAAGACUACAGAGAGCGACUGGAGAGGGAGCGAGACAUCCUGGAAGAGCGAGCCAACGCGCGGCUGGAGAUCCUCAAGAACCUCCUCGGCGCCGAGAAAUCGCGGGCCGCGCAGACGGCGGAAUCCGCGAUCGGCUCGGUCGGGGAAGAUCCGAAGAGCCGAGAGGACGCCGAGAGCGCGCGACGACAACUGCUGCUGGCCGAUCAGGUAACGGGCGCGACGCCCCCGCGCCGCCGCUAUAAAUCAUAUCUUUCCGUCUUUCUGGAGGACCAGGAUGAGAAAGAAAGGCUCGACGCAGAGGUGAAGCGGCUAAGGGAGGAUAACCUGGAGAAGGACGACGCCAUCUCCAGGCUGCGCGAGGAAGUGCGUCUGCUGACGGGUAAGACGGCGCCGACGGCCGGGACGGGCCGGCGUCUUCAAUUCCCGUUUGCCGCCUCGCCCGGCGUAGAGAAGGAGGACGAGCGAGCGACGGGAGACGACCCGACCCUUGCCGACCAAAUACUUGAACUGCAGAUGCAGGUGCGCUCGCUGCAGUCCAAACUACGGCAGGAAGCGGAGGGAGCCGCCGUCGCCCCGCGCCGACCCGAUGACGGGCGCCCCGACGCCUUCCGCGCCAACAUGGCCCGAGUGCGGGAGGAGUGGGAGGCGGACGCGGAGAGCUCCGCCCGCAAAUCCCGAAUCAUCCGGGAAAUCACGCAGGAAAAGCUGGCCAGCGAUCAGAGGUGCGAGCGUCUGGCGGAAGAAUUAGCGGAGCGGGAAGCGGAUUACUCCCGCCGCCUCGAGGAACUGAGGGCGGAGCUCCGGCGACGGGACCGGACGGAGCCGGACCGCCGGCGAGAACCGGAGCACCUCGAGGAGAAGGCGGAGACGCCGGCGGAGGAAUCCGAGAAACCCCACGUAACGCCCGAUGCCUCCCGAUCAAAAACCGCGGGUGGGAAAAGGAAAAGCUCCCAAGUCGAGGGCUUGUCCUCGAGCAGCGCCAAGCGAAAGAAGCCGGCGGACGUCACCGGCGCGGCACGGGUGAGACGUGCCGCCGAUCGGUCGGCCUCGUUUGCCGCUCCUUCAUUUUUUCAAAUCCCCGAGGCCCCCUACCAGGUCCCGGCGCCGCGCUCCAAAUCUCGACGAGGACGGAGGAAGCUUUACGGGAAGGAAACUGCCGCGCCGCUCGCGAUUUCGCCGGACGCGACAUGCGCGACGGGAGGCGCGGAGCAAAAGGAAAGCGAUCACACGAUCAUCAAGCGCAAGUUGCGCUCCAAAGCCGCGAGAAUGUGA